UUGGAUAUCGCAUCGCACCUUCAGCAGCAUCUUUCCACCUCUAUAAAAAGCUAGCUAACUGCAAUGUGUUUUUGAAAGCACGAGUAGUUCAUAAAUUCUCUCGCUCUAAAUUUGAGCUCUCGAUCUCAACAACCCUCAUUUUAAUUAGUGAUGGCGCUAAAUUUUUCUUUCUUGUCAACUCAGGCUUCCUUCUGCGGGCAGCUAGAGCUUGCUUCUUCAAAAUUAUCAAAGUCUUCAAAGUUUCUCAUGGCACUGACCAGUACUGUUCCAUCAAAAAUCAGAGAAGCCGAUAACAACCUAAAGUGGAAGAAGAUGACACCAGAGAAGCUCGAGAUCUUCAGGUCCCUAGAGGGAUGGGCAGAAGACAACAUCCUAACCUUCUUGAAGCCCGUGGAGACCCUCUGGCAGCCUCAAGACUUCCUCCCAAACCCUUCGUCCGACGGCGACGAGGAAUUCUUCGAUGAAAUACGCGACAUCAGGGCGCGUGCAAGAAACAUUCCCGAUGAGUACUACGUCUGUUUGGUCGGGAAUAUGAUCACCGAGGAGGCACUGCCUACGUACGAGACGGUAUUCAACACUUUUGAAGGUGUGAGGGAUCCGACGGGCUCGAGCUCGUCGGCGUGGGCCAGGUGGACGAGGCGGUGGACGGCGGAGGAGAACCGGCACGGGGACUUGCUGAAUAAAUAUCUGUAUUUGAGUGGGAGGCUGGAUAUGAGGCAGAUUGAGAAGACUAUACAGUACUUGAUCGGAGCUGGCGUGGACAUUGGCGCAGACAGCAACCCCUACUGCGGCCUCAUCUACACCUCCUUCCAAGAGAAGGCCACCUUCAUCUCCCACGGCAAUACUGCCCGCAGCGCCAAGCUCCACGGUGACGACACCCUUGCGAAGAUCUGCGGCCUCAUCGCCUCUGACGAGAAGCGCCACGAGCUAGCCUACACCAAGAUCGUCGAGAAGCUCUUUGAGGUCGACCCCGACACGACCAUGCUCGCCUUGGCAGACAUGAUGCGGCGACGCAUCACGAUGCCCGCCCUUCUCAUGUUCGACGGCCAUGACGACAACCUCUUCCACCACUACUCCGCAGUGGCUCAGAAGGUUGGAGUCUAUACGGCGAGGGAUUAUGCGGACCUCGUGGAGUUCUUUGCGAAGAGGUGGAAGGUGGAGACGGUGAGCGCAGGGUUGUCAAGCGAGGGGAGGCGGGCGCAAGAUUACGUCUGCGGACUACCGGAGAGGUAUAGAAGGAUGGAGGAGAGGGCGGAGGAGGGGAGGAUGAGGAAGAUGAAGGAGUAUGGUGAGAAUAUGAUGAUCCCUUUCAGUUGGAUCUUCAAUAGGAAGGUCUUGGCCUAGAGUCACAACUAUAUAUAUAUAAUUACAGGGAUUAGUUAUUUACUAUUCCUAAACUUUUUUACUAGUAUUUAGACCCUUCGAUUUCAAAUGGAAGUUAUCUCUCUGUUAUCUGUACAAACAUCGCGAAGGUAUGCGUAUAUUCAACGUGUAUAACAGAAGAGGGUACUCUGCAACAUAUUGACGUCACGUGAUGGACGACGGUAAAAGAGAGACUACUCUGUUUGACUACCAAGGGAUAUUAAGUGCGACUAAUUAAAAGUUUAGGGAUAAUGAGUGACUUACCCUCUACAUUGCAAAAGGUGUAUUCUAAUCUUGUAUCUAUGAAUAAGUACUCUCUUUGGUAUACGAUAAAGUGAAGCUGUAUUCUGCUGGUAUGUAUAUGUGUGUGUAUCAUCUUUCUGUACGUGGAUCAUUCUAUAUUUCCUAAACUAUAAUAAAAAAGAGCAAGGUAUGUUCUAUUUUUA